CUAACCGUUACCUUCUCUUGUGAAGGCCAGACGUAAGAGAGAGAACAAAGGCUAAACCUGGUCUUAACUUCCAAUGCUCCAUCCCCCUGCCCAACCCCCCUCCACGCCACUCCGCCAACCGCCAGGAUGCCAGGCAUCAGAACAUUCCAGGCAUUCCCGUGAUUGGCAGAUAGCAGGUUGAUUGGCAUGUCGGACCCCGCGAACACUGGGUACUGAUGCAGUUCAUGCUGCUGUUCAGUAGGCAGGGGAAGCUGCGUCUCCAGAAGUGGUAUGUUCCUCUGUCUGAUAAGGAGAAGAAGAAGAUUACCAGAGAGCUGGUCCAGACGGUUCUGGCUAGGAAACCAAAGAUGUGUUCAUUUCUGGAGUGGAGAGACCUCAAGGUUGUUUACAAGAGGUAUGCCAGCCUGUAUUUCUGCUGUGCCAUAGAGAACCAGGACAACGAGCUGAUCACACUAGAGAUCAUCCACAGAUAUGUGGAACUACUGGAUAAGUACUUUGGCAGUGUGUGUGAGCUGGACAUCAUAUUUAACUUUGAGAAGGCCUACUUCAUCCUGGAUGAGUUCUUGCUGGGAGGAGAGGCUCAGGACACGUCUAAGAAGAAUGUACUAAAGGCUAUAGAACAAGCUGACCUACUGCAGGAGCCCCGUCAUGAGUACUUUAAUGUGCCUGUGUACUAAACGUCCACAACUGCUGUCACCACUCCACUGCUGUCCUGUCCACUCUGCAUGCGGAGCCCCUCCCCCAGCACAUGGUCCCUCCAGCACCUGGCUCCUCAUCCUCAGCCCCCUAAAGCGCCAUGCUUUACCAACUGAUCCACACAGGACUACGGCUACAUCGUCAAAGGUCAUUGGUCUACAUUUUCAGUUUCUCACAUACUUCCAUCAGCUGAUUCCACUGUUUGUUGUCUAUCUGAAGAGGCCAUGGUUUACUGUGUAUAAUACAACGGGUGGGUCUAAUCCUGAAUGCUGAUUGGUUAAAUCUGCAUUCCAGCCGGUCUGUUCCACAAGUGACUACCGGCAAAAUCUAUGCCGUUAAAAUGCCCAUUUACUCUGUUCCAUCUGACUGCACAUUCCACUGUCUCAUCAGCCCAGCUCAUAUUUCUUUUAGACUAACAUUUAGUUUUAACAGUGGAGAUUUGUAUAAACAUUGCUGUCUGUCUC